AUGCCCGUCACCGUCGCAGGUGCAAUGCUGCUGGACAUGUUGACCGCCGAUGCUGCCGCCAAACACGGCCAUGAAUACUCUCCACCACGCCGCCUGCCCUCACCGGCCAACGUCAAGAACGGCGCCUUCUCACUGGUCCAGAUGCCGCUUUCCGUUCUCGGCUCCGUCUUGAGAUACCAAACACCGUCGCCGGCAACUGAACACUUCGACGACACGAGCACGAGCACGAGCACGAGCACGCCCACGCCCACGAAGCAUGUGACCAACGCAGCCUCGCCUAUGCUCCCUCCCUACAGCCCCACCACCACCACCGCCACCACCACCGCCACUGCCACCGCCACUGCCACCGCCACUGCCACCACCACCAAGGUCGACUUCCCCGCCCCCUCUCGGUCCGUCUCCUCCGGCAGCAGCGCAGUCGCCGACGAGAAGCCCAAGAAGCGCGCGCCUCGCCCCAAGACGUCGUACAUCAUCGCCCACCCACCCCCCACCGUCCACCCUCGCUCCAAGCUGCACCUACGCCCCAAGGUCCAACUGCAGCUCCACCAGGUCUUGGCCUCGCAGCGCCCAAAACCCGUAUAUGAAGUCAUCCCCUUUGCCCUGCUCGCUCCCCGCUCCACGCGCCGUCUCGCCCGCACCUUCAACACUCGGGAGAGGCUUGGCCACAAUGACCUCCUCAUAGUGAAGGCCGCGGCGUACGGUCAGACAGAUGAGAACCAACAGUCCGACGACGAAAGAUGGGGGUCUAGAGAAGUCAUCGGCGUCAUCUGCCCUGGCAGGACGGAGAGAGGUCAGGUCGUCAGCCACACGGAGAUAUGCAUGGACGAUGGGACGAGUCGCUGGGAGGUGACGCCCAUGCCCAACGGCGGCUAUGAGUUCAACACGCUCGACGAACACGGUCUGGCCAAAAAGGCUCGCUGGGUCGUCAAGCCCCCCAUCUCUCGGCGCAUUUCUGGUCUUUCCGUCAACUCACAGCUCUCGCCUGGCCUCCCACCCGCCAAGGACGACGCCAAAUGGAACUUCAGCACCAUCAGCUCCCACUCAAGGCGCCACCCAGUCAUUGCAAGCAUGACUCGCACUCGCAUCGACGUGAACGACACAUAUGUCAUGCCAGCCGCCACGCAGCCAUCGACACCUAAUGCCCAUAUCCCUGCAUCUCCUGCGCUCACCCCCGCAAACAUCGACGCAAACUCCUUCCUCGAUGCCCUCGAUUGUUCUCCAAUCAAGACCGAAGAUGCACUGCGACGCUUCAUCGUUGUGAGCGGCAUCUGGGUCUCUGCCCUUCACGAAAGUCACGAGCAUUCUGGCUCACCGCUAUGUCCUUCCUUGAACAUCUCUGGUAACAUUCGUCCUGCAAUGUGCCGUACGGUGUCCAUGUCUUUCCUCGACUCGCCGCGCUCGGCAUCUCCCGUCUCGAUUGACGAACACGAGAAAUCUAUUCCUAAACUGCUUCGGAGUACACACCGACUAAGCCGCAACCCAAGUUUUACUGAUCCUCCAGCAUCUCCUAUGUCAGUCAAGACGGCACCUUCCUCUCCCGCCAUCAAGACUCGCUCGCGCCGCGCAAACUCUACUGGCACCCACAACCCCUACAGUUUGACUGGCAGUUUGAAGAGACGCUAUGGUGUUCGUUCCCAAGUAGAAACACUCUCUGAAACUGAAGAAGACAAAGAGAACAAACGCAGCGAGGAGAUCUUGCGCCUCAAGCAACUGGCCCUCCCAGUGCCAAUUGAGCUAUCGUCCGCCGAACAAAUACCUGCCCCCACACCGGCGCUCGAGAUACCUGCCAGGCCGACUGUUCUCUUCAUACCAACACCCACCGUUAUUCGACCCUCUACUGACGAUCCAACCUCUCCUAUGUUACUUCCCUCUCCACAGCUUCCCGAAUCGGAUCGCACACGCAAAUCACAAUCGGCAUUCAACCCCAUCACAACCGCUGGUAUGUGGGACUCUGGCGUUGCCGAGGGUCCUGGUAUCAAGCGAAGACCAACCAGCAUGUUCAUCAUGAACGAGCGGAAGAAGAAGGAAGAGAAGAAGCGUGGAAGAAGUGAGGGGAGGACGAGAAAACAGGAAAGGGAGGUGGUCGAUCGCAGCACAAGCAAAGAAGACUUGAAGAAGCGUGAAAGGGAGAACAACUGCACUGGAAUAAGGAGGAAGCUCAAGAAAAGCCUCAAGGGCAUGUUUGGGCAGAAGGAGAGAGUCUGA